UUCGUUCCACACCCGGAAGCACUACACGCUCCCGCACUCGCCUCUCUGCCGCCUUCUUCUGGCACACAGGAGUUUAUCUCCUGUCUCCAAAUGUUACCCGUUCAGUGACAAAUCCAUUCGGGGGUUUAGGAAAACGUCUUCGGUUAAUUGUUUUUCGCGGUACCGUGAGCGAAGACCUCAGUAGCGCGUGUCCUGAGUCAGACCGUCAGUCAGUGACGUUGACACAGCAGUAACCGUCUGCCACAAUGAGCGAAUACUUCAGCCUGUCGGACAGUGACGUUAUCGGCUUCGACCUGGACCACACGCUCUGCCGCUACCGCCUGAAGGAGACCUCCAGGCUGAUCUAUGAGAGCUUUGCCAGGUAUCUGGUGGAGCAUAAAGGCUAUGACAAGGACCUGCUGAACCUAACCCCUGCUACCUGGGAUUUCUGUUUUAAAGGACUAGUAGUGGAUCUGGAGGAUGGAAACCUUGUGAAGCUGGCUGAAGAUGGAACUGUCUUGCGAGCGACCCAUGGAAGCAUUGACCUCAGCACAGAAGACCUCAUCAAACAUUAUGGUCCAAAAAGGGAGUGGAAGCACUUCAACAGCCUCAAUACUUCCUUCACAAGAUCUGCAAAAUAUUAUUUCUAUGACAACUACUUUGAUUUGCCUGGGGCUCUCCUCUGUGGAAGAGUUGUGGACAUGUUGCAUAAGCGAGGAAAUGAGGUGAAUUCCGACUUUUGGAAAGACAUGGUUGCUGCCAUCGACCACAAUUACAACACAUCUGCAUUCAAAGAGGAUGCAGGGACGUACUUCCCCAGUGUGAAGAGGGACCCGGGCCGGUACCUGCAGCCCUGCUCCGACUCGGUCAAGACCUGGCUGCGCAGCAUGAAGAGUGCCGGGAAGGUCCUCCUCCUCAUCACCAGCUCCCACAGCGACUACUGCAGGCUUAUCUGUGAACACAUCCUGGGGAAGGAUUUUGAAGAGCUAUUUGACGUCAUCAUCACAAACGCCCUGAAGCCCGGUUUCUUCUCCUUGGUGCCCCAGCAGAGGCCCUUCAGGACCCUUGUGAACGACGUGGAGGAGAGCGAGGGGCUGCCGGCGCUGGACAAACCCGGCUGGUACUCCCAGGGCAACUGGCCACACCUCCACGAGCUGAUCAAGACCAUGACGGGGAAACCAGAGCCCAAGGUUGUGUAUUUUGGAGAUAGCAUGAGGUCGGACAUGUUCCCUGCCAGCACCUUUGGGAAGUGGGAGACAGUGAUGAUCGUGGAGGAAAUGGAGGGGGAGGGCGUCCCCAAGAGUGAUGCAGCAAUGUCCAAUGAGGCCCAAGUGGAGCCGCUGGAGAAAAAGGGAAAGUUUGAGGAUCAGGGCAUGAAGUCCCCCUCUGACGUGUCCAAGCAGUGGGGCUCCUACUUCGUGGACGUACAUGGAAGCGGAGGGGACGAGGAGAGCCAGAAACUGACCUGGUGCUGCCACUGCAUUCACAAAUACAGCACCAUGGCCAUCCCCAGUGUGGAGCACAUAGCAGAUCUCCCUCUGGAUUACAAGUUCCCCAGGUUUUCUCCGGACAAGCCCUGCACCACAGGCUACUACCCCAGGCCCCCGGAUUCUUUGUUGAAGAGGUGCGAGAGUCUGUCGUAAAAAAAAAAAAGAGAGAGAGAGGAAAAAGUUUU